AUGUUAAUAUUAUAUUGUAUUGUAUUAAAUUUAAAACUUCAUCAUCAUUAUCAUCAUAAAUUUUGUACUGUUGCAUUGAGAUCAACCUCUUCUACAAGAGGAAUGACUGGUUUUAUGAAUGCAUUUGGAGUUGGUAUCCAAAUUUUGGGAAUUGUAUUCAAUAUGAUUGGCUCACCAUAA